AUGUCGCGGUUUUCAAGUGUCCUUCCUUAUCCCAACUUACCCAGACCCUCCAUUUCUCUGAGCCCCACUGGGGUCACCGCCCCAGGGGCAGACGUCACCAUCCGGUGUGAGGGGCAGCGCCGGGACGUGAGGUUCUUCCUGCAAAAGGCUGGAGACCUGAACCCGCAGCGACACAUGGACCCUGCUGGGGACAGGGCCGAGUUCCGCAUCCCCACCGUGGGCCGGCAGCACAGAGGGAGCUACAGCUGCAGCUACCGGCCCCAAUCAGAGCCCUUCGUCUCCUCAGAGCCCAGCGACCCCGUGGAGCUGGUGGUAGCAGAGCUCCCUGUGCCUGGACCCUCCAUCUCCGUCAGCCCCAGCGGGGUGAUCGCCCCAGGGGAAGCCGUCACCAUCCGCUGUCAGUGUCGGUGCGAGGCCAGGAGGUUAUUGCUGUAUAAAGGUGGAAUCGAAAUCUGGGAGCUGGAUGCUGCUGGGGACAGGGGUGAAUUCACCAUCCCCAGCGCCAAGUGGGAAGACAGAGGGGCCUACACAUGCCGAUCUUGCUCCAGAUCGGAGCCGCCCAACUGGUUGUAUCCCAGUGAGAUGGUGCGGAUCAUUGUAGCAGAUGAGGGGCCCGGCUCAGUGUCCCUGCUCCCAGCCCCAUACCCAGACAGACCAUCAUGGGGGUCUCUGGGUGGAUAG